AUGUUUAGUCAAUUAACUCGUACCGUUUAUCAUGCACAUCGAUCACCACACGAAAAUGUGAAAAAUAAUCAUUAUUCUUAUCAACAACCAAAAUCAUCAACACCUAAACAGUGUACAACGAAUGAUUCUUGUUCACCAUUUCUAGUUCGUAAAAUCCAAUCAACUCCAUCACAUGAACAUCCGCAUACUAUGAAAAUGUCUCGUAGUGAAAUACCAACAACAACUACACAUGAACUAAAAAAACUUUUAGACGAAAAAAGUCAAACAAUUGUUGAUUUACGAUUAUUUAUCGAUGAAUUAGAACAACGUUUUAAUCGUAAAGAAAAAGAAUUAUUAAAACGUAUUAACGUAUUGUACAAUGAAUUACAAUAUAAAUCAAAAAAAUUACAACAUAUCAUAUAUAAGCACUCAACACUAAAAUAUGCCAGAAAGCUUGAAAGUAAUACUCAAGAUGGAUCUGAAAUUCAAUCAUUAUUACAAAAACAGCAAACGUACAUUCAACCAAUAACAAAUACUACAAGCAAAUGUGUACAAACAGAUGAAAUUGAGAGUAAAAUUAUAUUUUGUGAAAAUUGUCAAACUUCACUUUGUGUAAAUGAAAAAACAAUAGUCAAAUAUUCACCAACACUCCAAAUUGUGUUAGAAAAAAAAGAUGUACAAGUUAAUGAUUUUCAACAAGAAUCUCCUGUCGAACACAUCGAGGAAGAUCCAAAAUAUUAUGUAUUACAAUCUGAUUAUUGUGAACAACAUGUUAGUCCCGUUACAUUAGAUGAAUCUGUCAAAUCUCCUGUAUCAACAACUGAUCGUUCUUUAUCCUCUACACAUUCAUCAACAUCAACAUCAUCUAAUCCACAAAAACAAAAUGAAAGUAGUUCAAGUGCCUAUAAUACGGCUGAAAGUUUACAAAGUUUUUAUUCGGAUGAAAUUGAAAAUUUGGAACGUGUUUUAAAUGCAUCAUCAGUUAUGUAUACUCGACCAUCAAAUUUACAACAUACAAUUGCAUUACAAGAAGAAUUAUUUCGUCAACGUUUACGUUUACGUGGUAUUCAUUUGACUGAAACAGAUUCUCCUGAUCAACAACAACAAAAUAUAGAUGAAAAAAGUGAUCAUAUUUAUGAUAAUAUUGAAAGUUCAAAAGAAAGUGAUAGUAGUGAUAUUGAACAACAUUUUAUAUUACAUCCACCGCAACGAAAACGUUCAAAUACAGACUAUUAUAGUUUAAAUAAACGUCGUUUAAGACAUUAUAAUUGGCAAUCAAAAUAUAUGGUAAAAAAAUCAAAUAUUAUAAGAAGAAAUAAUAGUACGAAUGUGAAGGGAUAUGUUCCCAGUAAUGAAAAUUGCAAACAAAAUGACAGAAAGAUAAAUGAAGAUGACUAUGUAAAAUCAAAUUCAAAAAAUAUUUCACAGAAGAUGAAGAAAAAUUUUGUUAAAUCGAAAUAUGGAAUGAUGAAAAAUAUAAAUGAACCAUUAUUGACUGUGACAAUUACCUGA